GCUGCGCUGGUGUCUGAAGAGUCGUCCGUCGGCAAAGCCCUGCAGUGAUUCCUCUUCCUGAAGCACAUGUCUGAUGCUCCGCCUUCCCUCCGUUCAAGCAUGAGUGCGCCGCUCCGCUCCUCAGGCGUGUGAAUCAAGCCCGGUUGUGGGAGUUUCGAGAGGGUUGCGGCCGAUGCAUAGAUCAAAUUUAAAAGAAAAAUGUUCUUUUACAUAAUAUAAUUACAUUUUAUGUACGUUUUUGCCUUUUUGUUUGUAUGUUUUAUUCACUUAAUUCUCAGCGUACCUUAACUAUAACGCUAUUUUGAGGGCACGUUGGGGUCGUUUAAAGUCUCGGAGUAUAUUGAUUUAAAAUCAACAUUUUUUAGCCUGCGUCGGGAAACCGAGCCCGAGUUUGUAAGCGUCACCCCCGUUCGUUGUCUUUUAUUCAUCGGGGGGAGGCACCAUGGAUGUGGAGGAGCGUGCGGUCUAGUCGAGGAUAUCCUACCGCAUUGACCGGUUCUCUGAUCCUCCGUCAUGACCCUGGAAAGUGUAGCGGUAUCGGAGAGCUCCUCUACCCGGGGAUACUGCUCUUGUUGCGGGGCAAAAAUCAUGCCGUACUUCUCCGACAACGCCGUCGCUUCUCAAAACCAGAUCAACCAGCUCAUCAGCGAGAACUUCCUAACUGUGAAAGGCGCCGCCCUCUUUCUCCCACGGGGAAAUGGCUCCUCCCCUUCUUCGGUACCCCCAAUCACACAGCGGCUUAACAAACACACAGGUGACCUUCAGCAGCAUCUGCAGACCAUGUUCACCCUGCUACGCCCUGAAGACACCAUCCGCCUGGCUGUCCGGUUGGAGAGCGCAUACCUCCAGCGUACCCGCUACAUGGUGAUCGUCUCCACCAACGGGAAACAGGACACCGAAGAGAGCGUAGUGCUGGGGAUGGACUUCAGCGAUUCAGACCACAAGUGCACAUUUGGGCUGGUCUUACCCUUGUGGAGCGAUACGCUUAUACACUUGGAUGGAGAUGGGGGCUUCAGUGUGUCCACUGUUAACAGAGUUCACGUCUUCAAACCGGUUUCAGUGCAGGCCAUGUGGUCAGCCUUGCAAUCCCUGCAUAAGGUGUGUGAAGUGGCCCGAUGUCAUAACUACUAUCCAGGCAGUCUCUUCCUCACCUGGGUCAGUUACUAUCAGACCCGUGUGACAUCUGACCAGCAUUAUGUUAAUGAGUGGAACGCCAUGCAAGACGUGCAGUCUUACCGGGCAGACUCGCCCGUGCUCUUCACUGACAUGCCAACCGAGAGGGAGCGGACAGAGAGGCUCAUAAAGACACGUCUGAGAGAGAUUAUGAUGCAGAAGGACCUGGAAAACAUCACUUCGAAAGAGAUCCGCACAGAGCUGGAGAUGCAGAUGGUCUGCAACCUGCGGGAGUUCAAGGAGUUUAUCGAUAAUGAGAUGAUCGUCAUCCUGGGACAGAUGGACAGCCCUACUGAGAUCUUCGAUCAUGUUUAUCUGGGUUCAGAAUGGAAUGCCUCUAACCUUGAGGAGCUUCAAAGCAGUGGUGUACGUUACAUCCUGAAUGUUACACGGGAGAUUGACAAUUUCUUCCCUGGGCUUUUUGAAUACCGUAACAUCCGAGUAUAUGACGAGGAGGCCACAAAUCUCUUGGAGAACUGGAACGAUACUUAUAAGUUCAUUUCUAAAGCCAAAAAAGCUGGAGUCAAGUGUCUAGUUCACUGUAAGAUGGGAGUGAGCCGUUCUGCCUCCACCGUGAUCGCGUACGCCAUGAAGGAGUACGGCUGGGAUCUAGAGCGUGCCUUCGACCAUGUGAAAGAGCGGCGCACCGUCACCAAACCCAACCCGUCUUUCAUGAAACAGCUGGAGGAGUACCAGGGUAUCCUACUGGCCAGCAAGCAGAGGCAUAAUAAGCUGUGGCGUUCUCACUCAGAAAGCGAUUUGUCAGAAGGUCACGUGAUGCUCUGCAAGGCACCACGACCGCUGGACCGCUCUGACUCUCAUAACAACAACAACCGUGCUCCUUCACUCCAGCAGAUGCUGGGCAUUAUUGUGCAAGAGUCCUUUACCAACCCACAGCCUGUCAUGGACAACACGCACCCUAAAUCUCCACACCUUACCACAGAUGAAACGUCCAAGGGAAACCAUCUACCCUCUGAGUUGGCUCACGAGGACCCCUUUCUCCCGCCUCGUCGCAGACAGCGGGCAGCCACGGUGGUGCCUGAGCAAAAUAUCGCAAAGAACUCUCGAUCAAGAGAUGAAGUGCCUGAUCCUGUCACAUGUCCUCACCCCCCACCCUCUCUUCGUAUCCUCGCCCCUUCACCUCAAGAGGAGGGCGGAAUCAAUCCAGACCUCAGCAUCGAGUCGUCUCACCAUGUACCUGAGCCAAAAACAGAUUGUGUUGAGCUGUCCCCAGACACAGCCGAUCAAAACGACUCUUAUCAUUUGACGGAAUCCACUAUGCCGCAAAAAUUAGAACUGUGUCUGGAGGCUGACAGCCGCUCAGAAGCCCCCUCGGUGCUCGAAGUCAGCUCCAACGACGAUAACAAUAACCCGAACGUUGCAGAUAGCUCGGAGAAUGCUGCUGCGUCUAACCUCAGCACAGAUAGCAUCGACUUCUUUAGUGCCAGAGAGAAGUUCCUGUAUCUGUCGCAUGACGGUCAGCCUCGCUCGCUCUCUGAACCGACCGAUGUGCGGCCACUUCACUCCAGAUGCACUCCACCCUUGGAAGACCUCAGUGUGGAAGCUGAUGAGUGCCACGCCCACUCUGAGACGAAUAGUGAUGCAGAGCCCCAGCCUCCUCACCAUGACAACACCUUGUCUGUGCGACAUAUAGUUACUGAACUAGAAUCCAUAUCGCACACAUGCAGCCCGCCACCAUCACUAAACCCUCAUCUAACCGCAACACCAGAGGAGGAUAAGGAAGCCGCUUCAGUUCCUCAUUCACCCUCCGACAGGCCCUCAGGAUCUGUGCGGCGUGCUACCGAGCAGCUGGAACUUUUACUGCGUCAGGGUCAAGACCUUCCUCGCUCCACUCUUCCCUCCCCAUGUUUGGACUCUCCAGAGCCCCAGUCCCACUCCAGCCCACCAGAGGACAGUGUGGAGUCAACCUGCUCUGAGCACCAAAAGCCUGCAGACGGGAAAUACAGCACCAAAGUGCUUGAUGAUGAGGAUUCCGGUAUAAUUCACGAUCCUUCAUUCUCUGUGUAUCUGGAAGGCAGCGUUUCUGUGAAAGCAGACUCGAUAACCAUAAAUCCCAGUUCUGCCUCUUCUUCUCUUUUGUGGCUGGAGGGUGUGACCGAGUUGGAAACGGACGUUGAUGACAAGUUAAAGCCUCCUGGUCGACUGGCAUGUAGCAAUGAGGACUUGGAGAUGAUCCAGGAGACACUCCGAGAGCUCCAGGCUUUUUUAUACGAGGCCGGUGGACUGGGGGACUGCGUAGGACAUUCUGAAGACAAGCAGAUACCUCUGGGUCAGAGAAACUGUAUACAAGGAGAGCAGCGAGCUUUAGAUCCCAAAGCAUCUGCGGUGUGGCAAAGAGCCAUGGAAAUCGAGGCCCGCAUCAGACAGGCCGGUCUCACUCCUCCAUCGCUCAUGAAACGCUCCGCAUCGCUCGCUAAACUGGACCGGCUGGAGCUCUCUACUCAUGAUCUGAGCGACUGGGACUUCCAGCCUUUAGCAGCAGGCUUUUCUCAGACCUCUUGUUUUUUAUCCACAUGUGACUCUCUGCCACUCACUCACAGCGUUGAUGAUGUCCACAAGAAGCAACGCGUUCUACCUCAGGGUCCCCCUCCUCCUGAGUCUGCUGUCCAGGUAACGGAGAAAAGCUGGACUGAAGACUCCGCCCACCUUUCACCCUCAUGCCCAGAGCAGAGUCAGGAGGGUGGGUCCGGACCUUGUGAACCCAGCACCAUCCAGCCUAUCGUUUCCAUGUCGACACGACAGCAUGCAAAGACUCGCCACAUUCGCCGUUUCCGCAAGGCAAUGGACAAGAAAAAGACAGUGACCGUUUUGUACAACACAAUGUGACCAUAACUGUUUACCGUGUUGACUGUCCCAGACUGCAUUAAAAGUUUCUUUCAAAGAUUCAUUCAGUGAAGUGUAAGCUAAGUUUGCAGCAAUCUGCUACUGUAGGUGUGAAUGAGGUUGUCGUGGGCGAGUGUAUAUCUGAUUGUGUUCAGGAUCUUUCAGGUAGCAAUGCAAACAAGGGAGUUGUUUUCUUAAAACAUGCACUUUAUUCUCUUGUUUUUCUCCUUUUUUUAUUGUUUUAUUUGUGAAUUUCUUUUUUAGAUAGCAUUUUUAUUUUGAUAUUUUUGCACUGUUUGAAUGGUAGAUUUGACUGGAUGUCGGAUAGCAUGUGGAGUCAGGAGUCUGUUUGAAACCAAGGUAAACUUGAUAAUAACUUUUUUAUCCUGUGCUUUAUCUGUGACUAUUAUAAAUAAUAAAACUGCACUAUUUUAA